AUGGGAAAAAUAAAGAAACGUAGGCCAAAUAAAAGCCAAGCUCCAGAAGUUGUUGAAACAAUUGAACACGAAAUUCCAUUAGAGUCAAAUGAAAAUGCUAUUCAGACAAUAAUAGAUCAGUUGCAGACUGUUAAUGUAGAGGAGAAAUACUGUGGACUUCAGACAUUUGCUAUGUUGAUUGAAAGUCCUGAGAAUAUUGAGAAAAUUAUUGACCAAAGUCUCAUAAAAAUAGUUGCACCCCUUCUUCUUGACCCCUCUGUCUCUGUCAGAAAUGCAGCUGCAGGUUCACUGCGCAACCUAUCAGUUUUUCAACAAGUAUGUGAAGCUUUAAUGGAGCAAGAUGUUAUGACACCUCUAGUCUGCUAUUUUCAUCAGUUUACAGAGACAUGGACACCAGAAGUAAACACAAAAACAAAAGAUGAAGAAAUUGAUACAUUCAUUCAGUGUGUCAAUCUCCUACUGAAUUUGUGUGAAAGUUCAGAUCUGGCAGUCAAAUAUUUAACUGAAUCACGAAUACUGGAUAUUUUACCAAGAUAUUUAGACAUAGCUACAUUUGGAAGUGAUAUUGUUAUAGCUGUUUUGCAAUGCAUAUUGGUAGUAGUUGAAGACAAUAAUGUAGCAAUGAAAAAAAUUCAUUUGACAACUGAACAAAAUUUAAAGGGUUUUUUGUUAUUAGAUAGCAAUGAACCUCAUAUAUUACUGAUAAAAACACUAGCAGCUGGAAUAGUUAUAAAUAUGUGUAAUGGGAAUAUUGCAUCACUACCAGUAGAUGUAGUUAGCCAAAUAAUGCAAAUACUAGCAAAAACAUUAUCAAUUGAUCAUAGAAUGGCAUGUAACCAAUUAUCAAGCUCUGUUCCUUUACAAAAUGGAGCAGGGAAAAUAGUCCAGACAAAAGGAAAAGAUGGUCUUGUAUUACAGAAUCAGAUUAAAGCAGUGACACACAUGUUAGAUGCCCAACAAAGUGCUAUUGAAAUAUUAGCCAAUAUUUGUUCAUGUGAAGAUGAUGAUGAAAUGGAAGGUGAUGAAUCAUCAGAGAGUGAAGAAAACAUUGAUGAUGAUAUUAUUACUAAUGGAGAAACACUCCACUCUGAAGACAAAUUACCCCCAGAGGUUCUAGAAGCAAUGAUCUCUCUCGAACUAUUUGACAAAGUUUGGUCACGGACUCAAUUACCAGCAGAAAAUGUUUUGUUAAUUUUAAAGGAAUAUGAGGAGUCUUUGCUUGUUUACAAAAAAAUUCACAAUCUCCAAACUCGAGCAUUAUUAUGUGUAAAUAAUAUCCUUAUGACUUUACCAAUAGACAAACUUGGUGGAGUAAACGGUGUAUAUAGGAUAUGGGUGGAUGCUGGAAAAUUGGUAUUCAAACAAAACUCUGAUAAUCUUAACUUAGUUGAGUCAGCCACAGCGGUAAUGAGGGCUGCCCUAGAUAAAAUUAAAUUUAGAGAAAAUGGCAAUAUUAAUAAUGACAGUGGUUUGUUUAGUGAUUUGGCUUUGACCGAUAUUGAGAUAAUGUUAAAUGGAAUAAAAGACUGCCAAGUCCCAGAAAUUAGAUCUAACCUUAUUCGUAUGAUUGGUAUAUUGGCUCUCCUGUUAGUAAAUAAUAUAAAUGAUACAACUACUACAGUUAUAUGUACAAUAACUGAAUUUUUAUUGGAUCAAGCACAUAAGGAGAAUGAAGUGUGGGUUCUUGCUGAAGCUAUAGAUACCCUUGUUGAUUUAUACUCGGAAGAUGAGACAGAUGAAAUAGCAGCAAAAGUGAAACUUGUUGAGAAAUUAGGCAUUUUAGGUCCAAUAUUGAAAAAUAAAUCACGACAGCAGCGAAAGCUCCCAAAGGAAUACAAAGUUUUGGUCUCUACAGUUAGUUCUAACCUUCCUAGAUUUAUUAAAUAUAAAAAAGCAAGGAUUAGCAGCUUAUAG